AGGGCGCCAUCAUUUGAACUGGGUUUUGGUGAUCGUGACUUUCACAGCUAGCUCAGUAUUCGGUCGAUACGAAAGUUCACUAUUUUCAUGAUUUUCGAAUGUUUUGACGAAAGUUCUUAGUGUAAUAGCGUGGACAUGGCUUUGAUUCUCACGGAAACUGCUAGAAUCAAGAAAGCAGUCGGUCUUAUAAAUGAACUUGAUUCCUCCAAGUUCCCUCGACUUCUACAAAGAAUUAUUCAGAAACUUCAUCUUAGGGAUGAACAUUCCUUCACCGAGGAUGAAGAAGAGAAAUUAGAAGAUGCUCUUGGGAUGGAAAGGAAUGAUUUAGAACUUGUUUUAGAAACUACUGCUUUUAUUCUUGAACAGGCGGCGUAUCAUUUGACCAAACCAGCCAAUCUUUCUCAACAACUCCAGAGCAUACAUCUCAAUGAAGAAAAGGUGUCUUUAUUUGCCAAAGCUUGGACAUCACUUGGGAAAGAUGUUGUAGAGAAACUUAGAAAACGGUCACUUUCUCCUAAUCAACUGACAGAUGUGAAUUGGAGAUUGAAUCUUCAGAUGUCACAGCAGAACCAAACCAAGCUUAAAAUGCCAAACGCUUUGAUAGAACUAGGAAUAACUACCGAUCAUGGAGAUAAGGAUAGGAUACGAAUGGAGUUUACUCAUGAAGAACUAUUUUCAUUCUAUAAUCAGUUGGAAACCAUACAAGGUCAGUUAGAUGCUCUGAGCUGAUGACAGCGUAGAUAUUCAUCAGAGACGCAAUCAAAUUAUUCCAGUUUAGAGUUAUUGGUCUGUAUUCCUAAUCAUGGUUUGAUUUAAACCUUGGUCUAAGUCAGUGCUAUGAAGCCAAAAAUACUAAAACUGUAUUAACAUUGUACACUUCCUACAUGUAUUUUAUUCCUUUUUGAAAAGUUAAGUGGUGAAGAGGAUUAUUUUAGUAAUCAUUCCCAAACAGUUAUAAUGAAUUAGAAAUUAAUGUGGUGUCAAAUUGAAUGCCUACUGUUUUUUGACACAAUUGGCCAUCCAUAGUUGAAUCAUGACUUUAGACCAGGGGUUAAAUUAAACUUGAGUUCAGAAUACAGGCCAGACUCGUAAUGAUCGUUUUUGUGUGUGCAAUCUUGAGGAUAUGAGCAUAAUACUAGUGUUUGCUUCAUACACAUGAGCAAUCAUAAGUAAAGCUUGUUCCUUUGCACUUGCAUACAAAUGUGGGGGGGGGGCUGUGGGGUUCUUGCCCCCUCCCCCAAGUUUCACGUCCAAGAAAACUAAAGAGAAAAGGAAAGAGAGAAGGGUGAAAAAUAUUAUUUUCUGAAUAUAUCAAAAUUUAUCUCAAAAUUUGAUUUUUGUAAUAAAAUAUAUCAACAUUUUUGCUCGCUUGCCCGCAAAUUUGUUUGAAUUUUAUGUGAUACACCAGAUGUGGCCCCCUCAAAAUUUUUGAUUCAUUAUGCCUGUGGUACCUUGCAAAUACACGGCACAAAAAUGAUUUUCAUGAUCAAGCAUUAAAUGAAAAAAAUUCAAGUUUUUGCUUGCAUGCUAGAGCAUUUUUCAAGCCAAGUCAUACAUGUACCAGCCAUUUUAGAUGGUGCCUAACAAGGAGUUUUGUAUUUGUCUUUGCCAAAAAGAAAAUUCAUUAGUCCAUAAGUUAAUUUGUACAAUAAUGGGUAUGUGUACCAUAAAUACAAAUGAAUCCUUUGUGUGAGAUGUUUCUGUAAAGCAAUUGUUUAUUGUGUAUGCAUAAUGUUACAAGCAUAAGGCUAGUAUUAUUGCUGUUACAACUUAUUAUGCAGCGUAAUGCUGCCAGCUAGAAUGGGUAUUUCAAAAGAGAUAUAUUUGAUAAUCAGUCAAUUUGAACUAUAAAAAUGAAUUUGAAUUCAAAGAAAUUCAACUCAUGUGUAAUAAUUGAGACUAGAAUACAAUGAUAUAUGACCAAUGUAUUUUAGAAGAUUUAUAAGACCUUUGACCAAGA